AUGUCAGAAGAGAACCCGAGCACGGUCACAAAUUCCGUGAAGACCCACGUCAAGGAUCCGAAAAAAGUGGAGGCAGGACGCAAGCUUGCUAAGAUCAGUCAGGAGGCGAAUGCCAGGACGCGUGCACAACUUGAGGCUAUUAAGGAAGAGCAAAACGUUCUGGACGUAGAGAACAAAUGUGAAGGGUCGGCGAUUACCCUGGAGAGGGUUGGCAUGGUGGUAGGUAUUACUGUAGGACUUGGAAACCUUUACGUCAUGUGGUGUAAUCGUCGGGAGAAGAGCGAAAAGAUAGAGAAAGUAAAUCCACAGAGAAACCAUAACCCACACCAAAACCGCACGGUGGUCCUGACCUGUUUGACUGAGGACGAUAAAAUUUAA